CUUUGGAGAUCUUGUGGCCUGAUACGGAAAAAUAAGGCACUUGUCGAGAUAUUUUUUGAUAUUGCUGUUGGGAGGGUCGAUCAAAAUAUCCCUCGAUAUACCCAAACGACAUGGCUUUACGAGAAUUACCUUCGACUUUAUGUCGAUUCUCGAGGAGGGAAAUAAGAUCAACACCCGUAUCGAUAGGGAGGAAUUGUCGCAGAUAUGCAUCUGGUGAAGCUUCUGCCGCAAAAGAGAGUCCAGAAGAUUUCCAGGACCUCGAAUCGCAAUCUUCAUUUGCUUCAACAUCUGUACCAAAUGAAGUAAUUGAGACUUAUGACCCUGUAAAGAGGGCACAAGGGCGGAAGAGAGAACUUCCUUCCAGUCGAUACCAAUUUCGAUCACCGAGAUAUUAUCGAGGUCCCCUCCAUCCUCAUCAACCUCCACCAAAAUCAGAUCCAUCCUCUCGAGAAUUCGUCCCUGGUCCAUUCGGUCCCAAUCGUCUCGAACAAACCUACAAAUCAACCAUCUCCCACGACAUCAUGACCAUGGCAUACGUUCAUAAACCACCUGGAACCGUCACAAUUCCUAAAGCCGAUCGUUUAAGAACAUGGGACGAUUCAUCACCAUAUCAUAAAGGCAGACCAAAGAGAGGUCCUCGUGGUGGAGAUGUUUUACGUCUCAUCGAACAAGAUAUUACUUGGCGCAACAUUCCUAAGAUCGAAGAAGUAACUGUUCAUUCGAUGGUUAAGGGUGCGCUUGGAGAUUCCGCAUACAUGCAUGUCGCCGGUAUUUUACUACAAUCAAUUACGGGUGUAAGACCAGAAAUUCACAAAUCAACACAUAACGUUGCACAAUUCGGUAUUCGAAAGGGCAUGCCGGUUUCUUUAACUUGUACUAUGAGAAAUAACGAUGCAUUGGAGUUCCUCGAUAAGUGUAUCAAUGUGGUGUUCCCAAAAAUUAAGGAUUGGCAAGGUGUAAAGGGCUCAACUGGAGAUGGAAGUGGAAACUUGUCAUUUGGUUUUAAUAGAGAAGGAACUAUUUUAUUCCCGGAAGUUCAGGUCAACUACGAUAUGUAUCCACCUAGGUUGAUUCCUGGAUUCCACGUUACAGUCAAAACCACCGCAACAUCCGAUCGUCAUGCCAGACUUUUGCUUAGCGCCAUGGGUGUUCCUUUCUACGGAAAGUUAGUUGAUUAAAUUCGAUCUUUCACAAUAAAGUGUAUAAGACGAUAUAAAUCAUGUGUAAAUAUAGCAUGGAACACAAAAUCACCAUGUGCAACACGCCUGGCUUCAAGUUUUGUUUUGAAUCGCACAAGUGAUCGCUUACAAAGGGGAUAUAAGGUUACUAGAAGAAGUAAUCGAUCCUGUCAUUUGGUUGUCAAGCCCAUAGAAUAACUGAGAGUACCAAGGCGUGAAUGAACACAAUCUCGAGCCUUCGCGCUACCUCCUUACCCCUCGUGAACCUCUAUCCAUCAAUUAUCUCAAUCCCUCAGAAUUUCUCUACCACUACGCUGCACCACUCCAGCCUUCACAGGGAUAAGAUGAAAGCAACACCUGAAAUAUGCACAUAAUUCAAUUUUCGAUAUUCAACAAGUCAAACUAUGAAUCGAAUUUUCAGGAGUCUCUGACACUUAAUGAUUAAUUUUAUUAUAUUCCGCUUUCUACAUCCACAGGUUGUGGAGUCAAAUUAUAUACAAAAAC